UUCGUGAAUUUUUAGCGGGAAAAUCUAGCAAGGAUAAGUGUAAACAAAACAUUUGUGUUGUAGGAAUCAAAUCUUCAUCAAGUUAAGAAAUUACCUGCCUUGCUGAACGCAUCAUAUCAUGUUUGCUGAAAAGGCAUUGGAGUUGAUCAGAGAGCUGAAGAGAUGUGUAGAUGGGACAAUGUCCCCUUAUAACGAAGAUGCUGUUAGACAAGUUUUAGAUGAAAUGAAGGCAUUGUUUGAACACAAUCAAAGAGAUGUGAGUGCUGCUGUGGCUGGUGAGAGUGAAUUGUAUUCUAGCGUUCAUCUUCGACAUGCUGGUUUAGAAAGAAAUAAAAGAUGUCUUCUUGCUUAUUUGUAUAAUAGAUUAGAGAAUAUAAAGAAGAUGAGAUGGGAGUUUGGUAGUGUUUUACCAGCUGAUAUUAAAUAUAAUCUAUGUGAACAAGAGGUUCAGUGGUUUAAUAAAUAUAAUAAAAUGUUAGCUAAUUAUAUGAGAUCAAUAGGUGAUGCUGGUGGAUUAGAUUUAACACAAGAUAUGAAACCACCUAAAACUCUUUAUGUUGAGGUGAGAUGCUUGGUUGAUCAUGGAGAAUUUGAAACUCAAGAUGGAAAUAUUUUAGUUCUUAAGAAAAAUAGUCAGCAUUUUCUACUGAGAUCAGAAUGUGAACAUUUAAUACGACAAGGUAUAUUAGAACACUGUGUUCAUUAAAAAGAAAUGAGAGAAUGGUUGAUGUGAUAUUUAGUGCCAUAAAAUAUGCGUGACAACUACUGCCAUACAGUGAUGCGAGGUCACAGAAAAAUUUUUGUUAGAGAUUCAUAUUUACAUCUUUAUCACAAACUUUUGAUGGUUAGUAAUGGAGUUGCAGGCAACUAGAUUGAAAUUAUAUAUAUUCCAAAUCAUUAACAGCUUGUACAUUUAGAGCAUGUGGUGUCUGGAGGGAGUUGUAUGCAUUAAAUUAAUUGUAUAUUCAGAUUUUAUUGUUUUCUGUAACUUAAAUAAAUCUAUAUGAUGACAA